UCUUUCUUCAAACUUAAGAGAACCGACCAAAGGCGCCUAUUUUCUUAACCGUUUAUACCCCAUUUUCCCAUUCAGAUUCCCACCAUCUCCACUACCUCAUCACUUUUUCUCCUAUCUUCUCUUAACCCCAAUAUGUGUAAAUUCAAGAUUUCCUGUAAUUCUUCAUAACACUUGGAUUUUAUUUCAGUUGUCAACAAUGAGUAAGCUUUUUUCUUGCUCCAUUUUCUUCAGCUUCUUGUACUGUGCACUAUUGGUAUCAUCACAAAAUUGCAGCUUUGAUUUGCAAUCUUUUACACUGAGAAAUUUCACACUUCUUGGAGAUUCUUAUCUCAGAAAUGGGGUUGUGGGUCUAACAAGAGAGCUUCAAGUUCCAUCUUCAAGCUCUGGUUCUCUCAUUUACAACAACCCCAUUUCAUUCUUUGAUCCAGAAUCCAAAAAGACAGUUUCUUUUUCCACAAGAUUUGCUUUUUCAGUCAAUAACAUCAAUCCAUCUUCAUUUGGAGAUGGUUUGGCUUUUUUCCUUUCACCUGAUAAUCAGACUUUAGGUAGUCCUGGUGGUUUCUUGGGUCUGGUUAAUUCAUCACAAUUAACCAAGAACAAGUUUGUUGCUGUUGAGUUUGACACUAGACAAGAUUUGCACUUUAAUGAUCCUGAUGAUAACCAUGUAGGUCUUGAUAUAGAUAGCCUUAUCUCAAUCAAGACUGCUAAUGUAAAGUUGGCUGGUGUUGAUCUCAAAAGUAGGAAUUUGAUUACUUCUUGGAUUGAUUACAAGAGUGAGAAGAAGCAGUUGUUAGUGUUCUUGAGUUACUCAAGUUCCAAGCCUAAAAAACCACUCUUGACUGUGGAUAUUGACCUGUCUGAUUAUCUAAAGGAGUUUAUGUAUGUGGGGUUUGCUGCUUCUACUGAGGGAAGCACUGAAUUGCAUUGUAUUGAGAAUUGGAGUUUUCAAACUUUUGGAUUUAGUCCUAUGAGGCCAAGGCAUUAUCCCCAUAAUGUGUCUGAUAAUUCUGUGUUAGUGAAACCCCCUACUAUUCAGGAAGAUUCUGACAAUAAACAUCAUAAGAGGUUAGGUUUGGGUCUUGGAAUUGCUGGUCCAGCUUUCUUUUGUGCUGUUCUUGUAGCUUUUGGUUGGAUUUCUUUCAAGAAAUGGAGGGGCCUUAACACAGAGAAGAAUUUGACAGCUGAGCUUGUUACUGGACCAAGGCAGUUUAGCUACAAGGAACUGAGGUCAGCUACAAGAGGAUUUCAUUCAAGUAGGAUCAUAGGCAAUGGCGCCUUUGGUACUGUUUACAAGGCCUUUUUCAUGGAUUCGAGCUCUAUCGCUGCAGUGAAAAGAUCUAAACACAGCCACGAAAGUAAAACUGAGUUCGGGGCUGAAUUGUCGAUCAUAGCAUGUUUAAGGCACAAGAAUUUAGUUCAGUUGCAGGGGUGGUGCAUUGAGAAGGGAGAAUUACUUCUUGUCUAUGACUUUAUGCCUAAUGGGAGUCUUGAUAAGGUACUAUACCAAGAAUCUGAGAAUGGGAAUCCAUUGAAAUGGCCUUAUAGGUAUAAUAUAGCUGUUGGUUUGGCCUCUGUUCUGACUUAUUUGCAUCAAGAAUGUGAGCAGCAAGUGAUUCACAGAGAUAUAAAAGCCAGCAAUAUUAUGCUUGAUGUCAGCUACAACGCGAGGCUUGGCGAUUUUGGGUUGGCAAGACUUAUGGAUCAUGACAAGAGUCCGGUCUCGACUCUUACAGCUGGAACAAUGGGAUACCUUGCUCCUGAGUACCUUCAAUAUGGAAAGGCAACCGAGAAAACUGAUGUUUUCAGCUAUGGCGUGGUUAUACUAGAAGUGGCUUGUGGGAGGAGGCCAAUAGAGGGAGAAGGGAGUGGUCAUGAAAUGGUGAAUUUGGUUGAUUGGGUUUGGAGGCUAUACUCUGAAGGUAGGAUAAUUGAAGCAGCCGACAAUAGGCUAAAUGGUGACUUCAAAGAGGAAGAGAUGAGAAAGCUGCUACUUGUUGGUUUAAGCUGUGCAAAUCCUGAUAGUAUGGAAAGACCUUGUAUGAGAAGAGUAUUUCAGAUCCUCAACAAUGAAGCUGAGCCUAUCUUUGUUCCGAAAGUGAAACCGACGCUAACUUUCUCCACUAGUCUGCCUUUCAGUAUUAAUGACAUUUUCUCAGACGACGAAGACAAUGAGGCAGCACCAGAACCUGAGUUUGAAAUCAGAGUAGAUUGAAGUAAAUGUCUUGUGAAGUUUCUGCAAUAUAUAGCUAGAAAUUCUUUCAUUUUUUUGAUGUCCGAUUUUAAUGAGAGCUGAUAUAUACUAUAGUUUUCACUAUGUUUGACAUGAGGGAAGCUAACUAGCUGAGUUCAAAGCCAAUAUAUUGAACUCAUAUGCUCUUGUCCCUUUUCCUUAACUUUUUCAGUUGUUCAAUCUAAUCUGAUUGACAUGCCAUUUCUUUCAUCUUCUGCACCUUCUUCUUUUUUUCCCUUUUUACUGCUAACAGUAGUUAUGAAAGUAGAACUAGCCGAAAAAAAUGUUUGAAAAUAUCUGCUUAUUCUGAGAAGAGUUGUUCAUGUAAUAGUGAGUUCUUCAAGAUUAUGCUGGACAGAUGAAGAAUGAUUUCUUG